GUUGCACUUUCAGUAAUGUCGCACACGACCACCGAAGCCGUUUGUUUCAGCAGAUUUUUCCGUUUGUUGUGUGUGCACUUUUCCUAGAUUUUCGCCUCCGAUUCUGUGCAGAUAAAUCUUCGUGCAGGUAUAAUGUCUUACGUGGGUUCUCCUUAUUCCAACACUUUCCAUCAAGAGGAUUACGACUUGGACGACGACCACUACGACGAUGAUAACGAUAAGGAACGCGAGCACGACAACGAGAGCGACGAAGAUACUGAGGAUGCCAGCGAGACUGAUACUGGACCACACGAGGAGCACAUGGAGAUCAAGGAGCAAAUGUACCAGGACAAAUUGGCAACUCUGAAGAAGAAACUGCAGCAGCUGGAGGAUGGAACGCACUACGAGUACACCAGGAAGGUGAAGAAACUGAACGAGCAGUACGAGGAGCGGAAUCGCCUGAACAACAUCUACAGGGAGUACAUGAUGGAGUGCGUGGAGAGGGAUUACAUCAUAGAGAAGAAGGCGGCGGUGAAGGAGUACGAGGAGAAGAAGGUGGAGCUGAAGGAGAAUUUGAUCUCGGAUUUCGAGGACAAGAGGAAGACGAUCGAGGCGGAGAGGUUCACGAUGGAGUUGACGGGGGAUUCGAUGGAGGUGAAGCCGGUGAUGACGAGGAAACUGAGACGGAGACCGAACGAUCCGGUGCCCGUGCCGGAGAAGAGACGGAAACCGCCGGCGGCGCAGAUCACGUACCUGCUGGAGGAGAAGGAGGUGGAGAGCGAUCUGAAGAAGAUCGCUCAGCCGUACAAGAAGCCCGUGCCUGAGAUCGUCGCCAACGCGAACUCGAAUAGUAGCAGUCAGAACCAAUCGAUGCAAGUGUCUUCGACGGUGAACGAUGCUCCUCCGGUCGUCGAGACGAGGGUGGAGGAUGGUAAGCUGCUGUACGAGCGACGUUGGUACCAUCGAGGACAGUCGAUCUUCGUGGAGGGCAGAGACAUGGCCAAGUUUCCAGCCAGCAUCUCGGCGAUCGCCAACGAUGCGAUAUGCGUGAAGAAGAGCGACAACUCGAAGGUGCGGAUUUACAUAACGAAUCUGGCCAGGGGGAAGGUGUCAAUAAAACGGAGGGCGUCGUAAACUGACGCGCGA